AUGGCCUCCUCCAGCAAGCCUCCGCUGGACGAUCCCCGUCGCACGACGGGUUCGCCGAAAAUGAAGACCCGAGAGAAUGCGAAAGAUACAUUAUGCCGUAAUGUAACCAUAUACGGCCGCUGUCGAUAUGAAGAUAAAGGUUGCGCGUUCAAUCAUGACCCUCUGAAAGUCAACGCGGCAAACCAGGCAGAUAAGUAUGGUUGA